AUGAACAAAUUACUAAAUACUAUUGAGAAAUACGAUAUUUUUGGGGUUCCAAUAAGUCUUUUGACAAAUGCUAAGAGUUCCUUAUAUUAAAGUAAGCUUGGUGGAAUAGUUACUCUUAUAAUUGGAAGCAUUAGUUUGAGUUAUUUUUUAUAUGUAAUCAUAUAGUGGAUUAAUCAUUAAAUUCCUCCUAUUGUGAGUGCUAAAUAAUAAACUAUAUCAUAUGCAGAGUUUUAGUUGUCAAACUCCAUUAUUGAAUUAGAAUUAUAAGACUUUUUGGGUGAUGUGGAUCCAUUUAGAAAAGAAAAUAAUAUAAUUACUCCUAAUUUAUAUAGAAUUUUAAAUACAACUAUAAUUGAUAAACCUAUUCCAUUAUUUAGUAGUGAAGAAAACCCAUUUAAAAUAUCUCUAAGUAAUGGUACUAUUGUUUUAAAUCAUGAUUAUACAGGAAAUGAUGACCGCUUAUAAAUGACAUAAUUAUUGCUUGUUUUAGAAAGUUGUUCAAAUUUAACUAAUGCACCAGGAAGUUAUUGUGCUGAUGAAAAUGUAAUAACAGAAUAUAUAUCUAAAUUACAUGGGUUUUUAUUCUUAACUAUUAAAUUAAAUUAACUCAAAUAUUCUACUGGAUAAUUAGAAGAAAUUGAAAAAUAAUAUUAUACAGCCUUUGAAACAUAAAAACCUUUAUAUUCAUAGGUAAUGCUUAAGUAGUAAGAAUCUAUUAUUGAUAAUGGAAUAUUAUUUAAUAAUUAUGAAAAUUUUUAUUUCUUAAACAACUAUGAGCUAAUCCAUUAACAAGUUGAUAAUCUUUUUGCUUCUUAAGUGGUCAGUGUAAUGUCUAAAUAGCUUUAUUAAUUUAAAAGUUUUGGUUGUUAUUUAUUUAGAAUUGAUAACAUUUCUGUUUCAGAAACUAUAACACUUCCAAAGUUAGGUUAAAUUCUAGCUUAAGUUGGAUCAAUUGUUUAGAUAAUAUUUUUACUUAAAUAUAUUGCUGUAUAUUACAAUAAAAUAUUAUUGGAGAAUGAAUUGCUUCAUGAAAUAGUAACUAUGUAUUAUCCAGAAAUGAAAAAAGUCAAAUUGAAUUAUUUCAAUCAAUUUGAAAGUUAAGAAUAGCAAGAAGAUAGCAAGAAUAGUUCAUUUGAGAAAGUUAAAUAUAAAUAUAAAAUAUUUAUUAAAAGAGCAAAAGAAAAAUGUAGAUUAGAUAACAUCUUAUAUGAAAUAUCAAGAAUACAAUUUAUUAUUUAACAAUAAUUUGGGGAUUAAGUUCUAUAACAGAGUCAUUAAAUGGGAGGAAAAUUGUCCAAUUAAUUUCUAGAUCACUAAAAUAGUAAAGAGUCAAAUAGAUUAACCAUAAAACCAGCUAAUUCUUUAGAUAUAGAAAGUGAUUAUGCGUUAUUGGAACCUUUGGAAAUGUUAUAAAAACAACCUUGA